UGUUAAUUUUCUUUUAAGCGACAUUUUAAAUUAGAUCUUUAAAGAACAAAUGCAACUCUUAUUCAGGUUAUGUUUUGUAUAUAUUAUCUUCUACAACUCUAGCUCCUCUAUUAUCAAGUUUUAAAAAUAACAGCUAAUGUGAAAAAUCGUGAUAUAACAUUACGAUAAUAUAAUUAUGGAGGAUGAUAUCCAUAUACCAACUGUCAAUCAUGAUCCAUUCAAUGUGAUUGGAUCUUGUAAAUUAUGUUCCAGAGAAUUAACUAAUGCAGAAUUGUUAUCAAUAGUGAUGAAAUGUGUCAAUUUUGCAGCAAUAAAACACAAGGAUCAAAGAAGAAAAGAUGAGAAAGAAACACCAUAUAUAAAUCAUCUAAUUGGAGUAGCAAAUAUUUUGGUUCAAGAAGGUAAAAUUUAUGAUCCUGUUGUAAUUGUAGCAGCUCUUUUACAUGAUACUGUAGAAGAUACUAAUACUACAUUUGAAGAGAUAGAAAAUGAAUUUGGCACUGAGGUUUGUAACAUUAUUAAAGAAAUAACUGAUGAUAAAAAUUUACAUAAAGCAGAACGCAAAAGAUUACAAAUACAGAAUGCUUGUAACAAAAGUCAUAAAGCUAAAUUGAUUAUCUUAGCAGAUAAAUUAUAUAAUUUAAGAGAUCUUCAAAAAAACAUACCAGUUGGCUGGUCACAAGAUAGAGUAAAAGAAUACUUUAAGUGGGCCAAAUCUGUAAUUGAUGGAUGUCGUAAAACUAAUUUUAAUCUUGAAAGAGAGUUAGAUCUAAUAUUUGCAGAAAGGGUAUCUAAAGAUAGAGAAAUUUGUACAUGUAAAAAAUCAUCUAAACCAUAAUAUUAUUAUUUUAUUAAAAUAAAAUUCAAAAAUAUAUGUACUUAAUAUGUACUUAAUAUAAUAUGAUCUUAUAUAAUUUAAAAAGAUAAUAAACAUUAUUGUUAAA